AAACAUUUGGCGCAGUUUGUGUUUGCUGUAGCAGUGUAGCAGCAAGUGUUGUGCAUAAAGUAAUAACAGUUAUAUCAAAUGGAUAUAGGAGCUCAGUCAUCUCAGAAGAGGAUAAAAAAGAAGAUAAAGCAUCCGAAUCCUUUGUUUGAAAAGUGGUUGAAAGAAUGGCAAGAUGAAGCUCGCGAGCGAGGUUCGGACAUACAGUACUGCUAUGCCAAAGCACUCAGGUCACUUAAAAAAUAUCCACUGCCUUUAAGGAGUGGAAAGGAGUGCCGUAUUCUGCAGAAUUUUGGUACAAAAAUUUGUGAUAUGCUUGAUCGCAAAUUAGAAGAAGUUGGGCACAUGCGUCCAGAAGAAUCUCCUGAUUUUCUCACUCAGGAUGUGAGUAUUGGUCCAUGCGCAUCAAAGCCCAAAAGUCAAGUAAGAAGAAAGUCAAAGUCAGCUGGGCAAACUGAACAGAAGACAAAGCUUCUUAAAUCAGCUAAAAAUAGAACUACUUCCAGAAGUGGUAAAUCACUAGAAAAUGGACUUAACCGUCCAGUUCAUGAGCUCUCACCUGAUGACUCGGAAGAUAAUGUAACAGACAACCAGCUUCCAAACUGUGAACAAAUAUCUUCAGGUUCUUUUGAAAACAUUGAAACAAAUAUGGUACAAAUAACAAGCACGUCUGCAUGUACCCAUCUAUCAGAUGUAAGGAGUUUGAUACAUAGAGAAGUAGUGAAUUAUGACGUGGAAAUUAAAAGAUGUGCAUCAGCUGUGAUUCCCACUUCAUCAUUCACCACAAUAACGCAGAAGGAGGAACAGGUAACGCAACUAGCUAGGGGAUAUAAUAAAACACUGCAGGAAGAAUGGAGGCAACUUGAUGAGCCAGUACUGCCUGCUUUAUCUACAUUCAAACUGCCUGGUGGAUCUUUUCGUAUUGUACUGCUUGUCGAUGUAUCUGAAACUACUGGAAAUCAUCUUAAACAAUCUCAAGGUGCAUUAAUUGCUGAAUUGAAACGUUUGCAAGUCAACGUUGAAGUUCGCCAUCUUAAUGUUGGAGACUUUGCAUGGAUAUGUCAAGAUAAUUCAAAGAAUGAAGCAGUUCUACCAUAUAUUGUAGAAAGGAAACGGACAGAUGAUUUUGCAAAAAGUAUAAAGGAUGGGCGCUUUCAUGAACAAAAGUUUAGACUUAAAAAAUGUGGUGUUCAGAAUCGCAUCUAUCUAGUAGAAAGCCAUGGAAAUAAUCAGCAUCUUGGACUGCCACUUAGUACUAUUGAGCAGGCUGCUGCCAACACACAUGUUGUAGACGAAUUCAUCAUCACAAGAACACCAGGGCCACUGGGAACUAUUAAAUACCUUAGCUGCGUCACCAAUUUUAUUACAAGGACAUUCAAGAUCGCAUUACCACUGCACUGCUAGAGAUGGCAUUUACUCUGUGUUUGUGCUUCAGUCUAGAUUAGUAACACCUUUCCAGUGUUGUUUGGUUACAAAUAUUGUAUUUUCUUUGACCAUGAUAGUUAGUCUGAUGGUUGUCUUGUAAGCCAAAAACCGGUUAACAAAAUAAGUUAAUCCUGUAGAACAUAUACAGUAUUGUGUUUUUCAUAUUUAUCUAGUUUUACCAAGAAGCGAUGGAAGAAUCAAUUAACAUAAGAAAUUGUGUACAAUAUUCAUCACAUUCUCUGUGUGUUGCAGAAUGGAGUGUAGGAUGCAGCCAUAAAAAUCUUUUGUACCUAAGCACUGAUCUCUAGGGAAAAAAAAGAAAAGAAAAAAAUCUUUAAGAAGUUGUGUAAACGGUUCAUAUGUUGCCAUUAUGUUUGUUUGAAGUUGCAACUAGGAUCCACAAACAUCAUAUAUCUAACUAAUUCAUGUUACAUAUUUUAGCACUGCUGCUUUUAAGUGUCAAGGGUAUAGUUGAGGAGAAUAAUUAAAGAAAGUAAGAAGAGGUCACAGCAAGAGCUUCUGCAGUCCAUCGCAUAUUGAAGUAACAUAUGAGAACCUAUUAGGAUUCACAUGCAGAAUUCACAGUUGUCAAUAGCAUCUGUAAAGAUCAGAGUCAUAUCCUAGCAACACUGGCGGCAUUGCCUGGACAUGGACUGAAUUUUAUACAAAUAUUAUGGCUGAAUAGGGACACAAUCCAGCUUUCCAUCCACAGGAUAGGGUGGUUGUGAGUUUUGUUCCACAAACUUUUAGGAAUGCAGUGUCCCCAUGGGAGCUGCAUUGUCUGCAGCACGUAGCAUUGCAGCAGACACUACUUGAUAACAUACAGCAUACUAAAACAACUGACAGUUGUAUUAAUGGUUGAAGCCCACAUCCAACUAGGUGAAUACCAUGCUGGUUCCCAUGUUCCACCUCAUAUACAUGCUGUGUCAGCAUAAGUACACAUUCUCAUACUUGCACUCGGAAUUUAUCCUAAAUG